UAGGCUACUCCUAUUUCAAAAUAUAAACCCUCACAACGCCCUUUCAUCCCUCCCCACAUCGCCUCCCUCUCUUUCAGUAAUCUCCCCGAACUCUUCUUCCUGCAAAAAUGUCUUGCUUCAAGAGCAAAUACGCUGAUGAACUCAUUAAGAAUGCUGCCUACAUUGGCACCCCUGGGAAGGGUAUCUUAGCUGCUGAUGAGUCAACUGGCACAAUUGGCAAGCGUCUAUCCAGUAUCAAUGUUGAGAAUGUCGAGGAAAACAGGCGAGCCCUUCGUGAGCUCCUUUUCUGCGCCCCUGGUGCUCUUCAAUACCUCAGCGGAGUUAUUCUCUUUGAGGAAACACUCUACCAAAAGACUGCAUCAGGCAAGCCCUUCGUUGAUGUCUUGAAGGAAGGAGGUGUUCUCCCUGGUAUCAAGGUUGACAAGGGUACCGUUGAGCUUGCUGGCACAAACGGUGAGACCACAACUCAGGGUCUUGAUGGCCUCGGCCAGCGCUGCGCAAAGUACUACGAAGCUGGUGCACGUUUUGCCAAAUGGCGUGCUGUGCUCAAGAUUGGUGCCAAUGAGCCAUCUGAGCUGGCCAUCCAUGAGAAUGCCUAUGGUUUAGCCAGAUAUGCUGUCAUCUGCCAGGAAAAUGGCUUGGUCCCCAUUGUAGAGCCUGAAAUCUUGGUUGAUGGUCCACACGAUAUUGAGAAGUGUGCCGCAGUAACAGAGCGUGUUCUUGCUGCAUGCUACAAAGCUCUCAAUGAUCACCAUGCCAUACUUGAGGGUACUCUCUUGAAGCCGAACAUGGUUACUCCUGGAUCAGAUGCUCCCAAGGUUGCACAUGAGGUUAUUGCUGAGUACACAGUCCGUGCACUUCAACGUACUGUGCCCCCGGCAGUUCCUGCUAUUGUAUUCUUGUCUGGUGGCCAGAGUGAGGAGGAGGCCACCCUCAACCUCAAUGCCAUGAACAAACUAAACACCAAGAAGCCAUGGUCUCUAUCCUUUUCCUUUGGACGUGCUCUUCAGCAGAGUACCCUCAAGGCCUGGGCUGGCAAGCCGGAGAAUGUGGGGAAGGCUCGUGCUGCAUUGCUUGCCAGAUGCAAAGCUAACUCAGAGGCUACUCUUGGUACGUACAAGGGUGAUGCCACUCUUGGUGAGGGUGCCUCAGAGAGCCUCCACGUCAAGGACUACAAGUACUAAGAAGUCCCAUCAUUUCAAAGUUCCGGAGAGUCGCUAUCUCGCCAUAGUUCUAGCUUUCUUUUUUCUGUGAUGCUGCUCGGAUUUUGCUUGGAACUAGAUAAUAAAAGGAUGAGGAAAAACACUGGGGUGUUGAGCUUGAAUGGCUUUGAUCACAACUGUUUAUGUUUUUGUUUUCUAAGAUUCAAUUAAGAUUAUGAUUGUAUUUUGUUGCAACUGAAGUUUUUCGCAUUGCUUCUUCA